AUGUCUUCAUCUUCAAAAAGUGAAUCAAUUUCAACAAUUCUUACUAAACCUAAUAAAACAUCCAAUGAUUUACAACAAAUAAUCAAUCAAUGGCAUCAUGAUUUAUUAAAAAAUGAAGAAUAUCUUCUUGACUAUGCUAAACAAUUAAAUGAAAAACAACAAGUACUGAAUAAAACAACUGAAUCAUUUAUUCAAACUCAAGAUUUACUUACAAAUCUCGAAGGCAAUCUACAACAGUUUCAAUUAUCAGUUCAAAGUUUAACUAAAUAUAAUGAUGAACUCGAGAUUGAUAUUGACAACUUAAAUACAGAAAGUAAAAAUUUACUACCAACUAUUCUAUCAAAUCCAAAAAUUGAACAGGAUCGUUCAAUAACUUAUGAACUUAUGGAAUCAGUUGAUACUCAUCUUACUGAACUUGAUCAAACUAUGAAACAACUUAAUCAUAUACUUAAAAUAAAUACAGAUGAAUCAAUUAUAAAUACAACAGAUGAAUUAGAAACAUGUUUUCAUGAUAUUCAUAAUAUUCAAGAGACUAUUAAACAAAUAAAAAUAUAA